AUGGAUGCUAUUAUUCAAAGUAUUCAUCAUGCUAAUGAUGAAAAAGGUGUUAAGGAUGUUGAACCAGACCUGACAAAAACACUUGAUGAGGUUGAAGAUACAAUGGAUGCUAUUCUUAAAGGUACUGGUGAAAAAAGUCAAUCUGAGAAUGAGGGUAAUCCUGAACCUGAAUUCACUGAAGGAAAUGCAAGUGAUGUUCUCCCAGAGAUGGUGAUGCUAGAUCUAGAAAGUGUAGCAGACCUACUUGGGGCAGGAUAUAGCAUGGCUGAAAUAGAGAGCAUGAGAGGGGUUCAAGUUGAAUUGGAUGAUAUGCCACCAGUUGAGAUGGAUGUGAAUGAAGUUGAGCAUAUUCCAUAUGGUUAUGGUGUGAUGGAAGGAAAUAAGGGUGAGGGUGAUGCUGCUGAUGAUGUUGGUGAAGUAGCAGGUGAUGGUGAGGGUGAUGGUGAUGGUGCUGGUGAGGGUGAUGGUGCUGGUGCUGGUGAGGGUGAUGGAGAGGGCGAUGGUGUUGGUGAGGAUGAUGGAGAGGGUGAUGGUGAUAUUGAGGAUGAAGGUGGUGGUGUUGGUGCUGGUGAGGAUGAUGCAGCAGAUAUGGAGGGAAAUGAUGCUGAUGAUGAAGGGCAUGUACCACCUAGAAGGACAAGAAAUCCCUCAGAAAGGAUCAUCCUGCAAAAGCUGAAGAAACCUUGUUUUGACAAAGAUGGAAGGGGUUCCACAUCUAGCUAUCAUUGGGCAGUUGUAUAG